GUGAACUGUACUGCUUUAUUGUGUGGCGCCCUUGGCACCACAUACGCUAUUGCCUUUUCUGUUUUCUAUAUUCUUUCUGUUUUCUAAAAUUCUGUUUCCUGUUUUCUAUCUUCUUUAGCUUUACGUUCUCUAAUUGUUUUCACUUUCUAUAGGGUCUCGCCGGGGCCUGGUCAGUGUCAACGCUCAGGCCCUUGCGAACCUCUUCACUUUCUGUUUUAUGAUUCUCUUCCGCUGUACCUCUCCUUUUCCGAACUUUCAACGGUUUUUCUGAAUUUUCCCAAUUUCUAUAUUUUCUCUCUUUCUAAACUGUUUCUUUCUUCUUUUACUGGUGAGUUUUCGAGGAGAGGUUUUAACCAGCGACGGGACAGUCCGUCAGAGUCAUUCUUAUAGCUUACAUCGUUUUCACUGCUCGUACGCAUUUUAAUAAAUUUGUGUGGAACGCAACAUAGACUUGAUUAUUGUGUUUACCCUUAUGCGAUUCCCACAAUUGCAAUAUGUUUUUUGAUGACCCGCAACAAAAGGCUAUCAUUGGCAGAACACUGGAGCCGAGAUAAAUUAUUGAGAAGCGAUAUUUUUAACGAUAUAAUGAACAGAGACCGGUAUUUUUUACUUCUACGAAUGUUAUACUUCAGUGAUGAUCAAGCAUUCAGUUCCGAUCGAUUACAUAAGAUCCGAAAAAUCAUUGAUGAGUUACGAGCAGCAUUUUCGAACGUCUUCUACCCUUAUUCUAACUUAUGUAUCGAUGAGCGUCUGCUACUAUACAAAGGCAGACUGUCUUUCAAACAGUUUAUCCCAUCAAAAAGAAAUAGAUUCGGCAUAAAAUCGUUUGUUCUGUGCGACUGCAAGAGAGGUUACAUUCAAGAUUUUAUUGUUUAUACGGGGGGUGAUGCCACUAUAGGGCCUGAAAAUAAAGAUUAUGGCAAAUCGGGAAGCAUUGUAAUGUACCUCCUAGAACCAUAUCUGGGUAAAGGCCACACUCUUUACGUGGUCAACUGGUAUACAAGUCCCGCAUUAUUUGAUGUCUUGCACAAAAAUGAUAUAAAUGCAUGUGGCACUGUCAAAAAGAGAAGGAAUGGGAUGCCGAAAAUGGACGAAUAAUUGAAAAAAGGUGAAGCGUGCUUUCGCUCAGCAGAAAAUAUGUUAGCCAUGAAACGGCAGGACAAAAAGGAAGUUUGGAUGAACUCUACAGUACAUAAGGCAGAAUUUACGGAUGUAAAAAAAGGUACAGUACACAAAAUAUCGUACAGAAACCAUCUUGUGUACUUGAAUACAAUAAAUUGAUGGGUGUUGUGGACAAGACUGACAUGGUCAUCAGCACCAUACAUUUUACGAGAAAAACGACGAAAUGAUAUAAGAAGUAUU